UGUGGGCUGAUUACAACUCCAUGCUGAAAAUGUGCAAGAUGCUGCACAGCUAGCUGAGUUAUUUGGAGUUGUGUGCAAAACCAAUUUGACGCUCAGAGCCUAGUCGUGUUUAUUGGUCAAGCAAGGACGACUUCUCUUGCUGAAUGAGUGAACUCAAAAUCUCCCCAUCUUUAUGGCUCAACAUUCAUCUCGGCUUCAUCGUUUGCUCACAUUAUUGGAUACUGGUUCGACUCAGGCCACAAGAUUUGCUGCUGCAAAGCAAAUUGGGGAUAUUGCAAAGUCACACCCUCAAGAGUUGAACUCCCUUCUAAAAAAGGUUUCCCAAUAUCUCCGAAGCAAGAACUGGGAUACAAGAGUUGCUGCUGCUCAUGCUGUUGGAGCAAUUGCUGAGAAUGUCAAACACAUAUCUCUUAAGGAGCUUCUAAAAUCCCUAGAAGUAGAGUUGGCAGAAGUUGGAUUUUCUGAUGCCUCAAGAGAUGUUGGAGUGUCUUUUUCAAACAUAUGCCCUGACACUACCACAGGACUCUCCUUUAAAAGUUUCGACAUUAAUAAGGUGUUGGAAUUUGGAUCUCCAUUGUUGGCAUCAGGUGGACAGGUAAUGGUGCUUUAUUUAAGCCUCCUUGAUCCAAAUGUUACCUUGCUUCUACCCUUCUUUACUUGUAAUUCAUUUGUUUUUGCCUUUAAUUAAGGUUUCAUUCA